UUUUCUUUCUUCUUACUUUCUUUUAUUUUUCACCUUCCAAAUUGGAUAUUUUUGUUGUGUGCUAAGGUUUUGUUUUCUUGAACAAAGAUUCUGAUGCUAUACGCUGAUUCUUGUCUUUGGAUCCAAUAAACAACAACAUGGGUGAGGUUGUAAUGAGUGGUGAGAAAAUAGUGAGAGUGGAAGAAGAAGAAGAGAAGGUGAGGGAAGAAGAAGGGAGCGGAGGAACUGAGAGUAGAGGUGCUGGUGGUGGUGGUGAAAUGAAAGGGCUUAUGAGGUGGGAGAAAUUCUUGCCAAAAAUGGUUUUGAGGGUGCUUUUGGUUGAAGCUGAUGAUUGUACAAGACAGAUUAUAACAGCACUUCUUAGAAAAUGCAACUAUAAAGUUGCUGCUGUUGCUGAUGGCUUGAAGGCAUGGGAAAUACUCAAAGGAAGACCGCGCAGUAUUGAUCUAAUACUUACAGAAGUCGAUUUGCCAGCCAUAUCCGGCUAUGCACUUCUCACAUUAAUUAUGGAGCAUGAUAUUUGCAAAAGCAUCCCUGUCAUAAUGAUGUCGUCGCAAGAUUCAGUUAGCACAGUAUACAAAUGCAUGUUGAGAGGUGCAGCUGACUAUCUUGUUAAGCCAAUUCGAAUAAAUGAACUAAGGAAUUUGUGGCAACAUGUUUGGAGAAGACAAACACAGUCAGCCGCAACCGCUGGCAUAAAUGGCCCUCAAGAUGAAAGUGAUACACAACAGAAGUUUGAAGCCACUGCUGAAAACAACGCUGCUAGUAAUCGUUCUGGUGGUGAUGCUGCUUGCAUUCAAAGGAAUAAGGACUUAAUUGAGAAAGGAAGUGACGCACAGAGCUCUUGUACAAGGCCAAACAUGGAAGCUGAGAGUGGCCUGGUUGAUAACAUGCAUGAAUUUUCUCAGCUGAAAUGUGCGGAAGCAUAUCCAAGUGAAAUAAAGACACGAGAACUUGACAUUCAUUUAGGCCAGGCUGUGAUCGCGCAGGACAGUCACGCCGGAGGAUUAAGCGUGGCUAACUGCAAUAAUGGAGUGGCAAGCACAAAUAACUGUAAAAAUGGAGAGACAGGUGCAAAUAAUUGCAAGGACGGAGAUGAUCAAGAGCAUUUUAGGAAUGCUAGCAUCAGUGGUGAGGUUCAUGACAAUCACUAUGUUCAAAUUUACUCUACUACUAAGGAAGCUAUUGACUUGAUUGGAGCAUUUCGUACUGAUCCGAAUUGCAGUCUCAAAAAUUCAUCAAUUGAUUGCACAGGCAAGUUUGACCAUUCUCCACAGUUGGAUCUUUCUCUCAGAAGCUCUCAUCCCAGCAACUUUGAGAAGGAUCUCACCGAAGAAAGGCACACCCUUAUGCAUUCUAAUGCUUCAGCUUUCAAGCGGUAUACUAAUAGGCAAUUGCAAGCAUCACCUGCCGUAGUAAUUAACUUCUCUGAUCAACCAAGAGAACAAAAAACAAAUAAUGAGAACCAUAACUCAGAUAGUUCAAUACCAAGUAUGCAAAAAGAAUCUGAACUUGCAACUUCACAUUCCCAGCAAAGGCAUUCUCUCCCAAUUCCUGUGAAAGGUGUAAGGUUCAAUGAUCUUUGUAUGGCCUAUGGUUCAACACUUCCACCAGGGUUUCGUACACAAUCAGGUCCACCAUCAAUGCCCGGUUCAGUUGUGUUUCUCGAACAAAACUUUCAAGCAGAUGCAUUUUAUCAGUCAAAUGUUAAACAAAAUAAUUCAGAGCAGCUUUACGAACCUCGCGGUCCAAAUGGAAACAGUACUCCAAACCAAAUUAUGUAUACACAGGAACACAAGUCAGAACAUCCAGAGGAUCAAAGACUUAUCUCCCCUACAACUGAUCAAAGUGUAUCCAGUAGUUUUUGUAAUAAUGGAAAUGCCAGCAAUUUUAACAGCAUUGGUUAUGGAAGUAAUUGUGGAAGUAGUGGCAAUGUUGAACAAGUUGCCACUUUCAGAACAGCAGCAGUUUCAGAGGGAAAGAAUGAAGAACUCACAAACAGUGGAUAUUCACAUCGAGCUAUGCUACGAGAAGCAGCUCUAAACAAGUUCCGUUUGAAACGAAAAGAGAGAUGUUAUGAGAAGAAGGUUCGAUAUGAGAGCAGAAAGAAACUAGCAGAGCAGCGUCCUCGAGUUAAAGGACAAUUUGUUCGCCAACCGAAUCCUGAUUCUCUUUCUGGAGAAAAAGAUUGCUAAGAAUACUGAUUAUUACAUUAGCAGAUAUGUGACUUAGUGGAGAGGAUAGUGUGCUUUGUUAGCAUUAGUUGCUUCAAAAUUUUGUUUCCUUGACUUCUUAAGUACCAAAACCACUUGAUCUGUAUAUGCUGUGUAAAACCAUUUUUCUUUUUUUGCCUUUCCUCUAGAUCCUGAUAUAUAUUUAAUAAUAACCUGAUAUACAGUUGUAAUUUUAUAUAGUUUUAUAGAGAUUGUCGUGUCUCAUUAUUUAAUUUUUUUUUUAAGGAUUUGUGUACUUAUUAGGUCUCGCUGAUUUAUCAUGUAAUGUUGGAGCUUCUUGUACAAUAUCAUAUUAGUAUGACUCUGUUUGUGUUUACAGCAACCGGUUAAUUGUA